UAUUAUGCAUCACGCUGCCCAUCACGAAGUACGCCCGAGUUUGUUUCUUACUGACCCUUACUCUGAUUGUUAACGUUCGAAAGGCGUGCUACUGAGGUAUCCUAACCAGUUUUGAUCUCGUUGUAUUUAACGUACAGUGCGUAAAUCCACUCGCUAAAACCAUGUCGAAAGAUCAAGAAAUGGAUGACCAUUUUGACGCAAAACAGGAUAAGGUCUAUGAUGAUGUAUUCAACCUCAUCCCUUCGUUUGGCCGCUACCAGAAGAUCGUGUACUUCACGACUUCAUUCUUGAAUUUCCUUUUGGGCCCGCAGUUUGGCCUGUUGGUGUUCGCUAUGAGCAGCCCUCGUUUUCGCUGCACCACUCCCAAUAUAACGUGCGAAGUUAAUAAAUGCUGCCAGAACUGUACUUCUUAUGCCUUUGAUGAAGGGCAGUUCACGUCUAUCGUUACCGAGUGGAACCUGAUCUGUGAUCGCGCCCAUAUUGCUGCCACCAUUCAGUCGUGUUUCUUCGCGGGUAUGCUGAUAGGAUCUAUCAUCGGUGGUUUGGUGUCUGAUGCGUUUGGUCGACGAACCUGCAUGUUUGGAAGCUGCGUCUUAUUGGUUGUGGUAGGAGUAGCCUCGUCGUUUGCAGAUUGUCUUUCCCUUCUGGGUCUUCUUCGAUUCUUCGUCGGGUUUUUCCUUGCUUCGUUCAUGCUGUCCGCAUAUAUCUAUGCUAUUGAACUGUUAGGCCCUAAUCGUCGCGCCAUGGGAGGUCAAAUCAACCACGUAUUUUGGUCGCCUGGAUACUGUGUCACGGCGCUGUGGGCGUACUUUAUUCGCGACUGGAGAUACCUGGUUCUUGGCACAACAUUACCACCUAUUCUGUUUUUCCUCGCUUGGAAAGUAUUCCCUGAAUCUGUUCGUUGGCUGAUCGCUCAUAAUCGCCUUGAUGACGCGCAGAAGACUCUGAUGAAAUGUGGUGGAAAGGACGGCAAGCCUUUGAAUAAAGAAGAUGUGAGGAAUAUCGUCGAAGAGAUACGAAGAGACCAAGUGGAAAGAGAACAAAAGACUGAAGCCAAAAAAUACUCGGUAUUGGAUCUCUUUCGGACACCGAAACUGCGUAAAAGAUCGAUCAUUCUUGCUGUGAAUUGGUUUGUAGUUGCACUGGUUCACUUUGGGUUCUACCUGUAUGUCAACGCCCUUGCAGGUAGUCUCUACAUCAACUAUGCCAUCAUGAACAGCAUCUAUGUCCCUCAUCUCUUCUUGUGUUGGUUCUUAAUGCAGAGGUUUGGGAGGCGGCUUCCUUACACUUUUUAUAUGAUCGGUACGGGUGUUUCAAGUCUCCUCAUCUUAGCCGUACCAAAAGAAUAUCCCAUUGCUGUAACCGUGCUGGCUUUGAUCGGCAAGACUAUGAUAACCACUGAGUUCUCCAAUGUGUAUCUUUUCACUGCAGAACUCUAUCCGACUCUUGUCAGGAAUAGCGGGAUUGGACUGGGCUCCAUGAGUGCUCGUGUUGGUGGAAUCAUAGCCCCCUACAUUGUCAUGUUGUCACAACUGCCAGGGUUGAGCUUGACUUUGCCAACUACCAUAUUUGGGGUGAGUGCAAUGGUUGCUGGGAUCCUGUCGCUAUGGUUACCCGAGACUCUAAAUGUCAAGCUGCCUCAGACGAUCGAAGAAGUGGAAGCGACGAAAGAGAUCUUUAAAGUACCCGGAUGUUGUGGUACAAGUAAGUCUUUUGAACCAGAAACAAUUUCAUUGGAGCCUUCGAAAGACGCUUGAAACAUCAGGAUUGGUCAAGAAAACUGUAAACAAGGACAUAGAUUUAAAUAAUAAUAAGUUUUUCUGUUAAUGAAUCUUGAAAAAGCCAGGCGUUCUUUGUGGGGUUUGGGGAGGCUUGGCGAACGCCUGGCUACGCAGGCUAGAAAAAGAGAGCAUCUAAAUUUAGCGAAGCAAGAACUAAGCAAGUGUUUCAGUUUCGUAACUGCAGUGUAAGUGUGCCCAGGUAUCAAAAAAUGUACAAUGAUAAAGACUAAAGAAUAUUCAAAACCUUUUAGAUUAAACAUGACUGAUAUUUAA